UGUGGAUUCAUGCGACUCUUUUGUAGUUUUCAUUGUAUUUGACUUCAAACCGAAAUUUGGUGUGUUUUUUUUUCGCUACACAACUGUGGUCAUCUGUCGCUGUUUUAAAUAUUUAGUAUAAUUAUCGUGUUCAUGUUUACGAUAACCAAAUUCGAAUCCAGUUGAAAUCACAGUAAACCACAUAAUUUGAUCAAACCAAUAAUGGUAACUUCGAUUCCAUUGUCGGCUAUUGAAGGUUUGCUGAACGAAUUUAACUAUCCGAGCACAAGCAAUGCGCGUAAACAUGAAAUUGAAAAGCAACUGAUUGAAUUUCAAAAUGACAUACGCUCGUGGCCACAGUGUUUGUAUCAGUUGAACAAUGCAACAGCGAAUGGUCAUCAAUUCUUUUGGUUUUUCAAUGCAUCAACAAUUGAAGCGGCCAUCGUACGAAAAUGGAAAUAUCUUGAUGAAAGUGAUCGGAUGCGAUUGCGAGACACUUUAUGGAAUUGCUAUGCAAAUCUAAAUGUGGCCACGGUGUCGCGUGUACAACGCGAAAAAAUCGCCCAACUCAUUGCAUUGAUGGGCAAACGUGAAUUUCCCGAUGAGCAUUCAUCGUAUAUGUGUCAUUUAAUGGAAUUGUUGAAAACAAAUUUCAUCCUAGGUAUCACAUUACUUCGGACAACAUCUGAAGAAUUAGUUAGCACACGUGAUGACAUUACGUCGGAUCGUAAAAAAUAUUUUCAUUCCAAUUUGAGCUUGUGUAUGCCAGAAGUGUUUCAAUUGUUAACAAAAUUUCUUGUGAUUCAUGCAUAUGGUCUGAAUGGAAUUGAUUUUGCAACGGUGCCAAGUAACUUUUUGGAUCGCGAACUGAUUCAAUCACUGCCAAAGGAUAAUCGAUUGUGUUUAUCUGCAAUAGAGUUAUUAAGUUGUGUACAGCAUUUACUGUCGUGGACAUCAACUGAGGAAUUAUUACACGAGCAACUACUCAUAAAUCUUUUUGAUUUGGCCAACUGGAAAGAACAUGAUAGCGACGUUUCAGUUGCUGCUUUGGGUGCAAUCACCGAACUCUUUUAUCGUCAACAAACGUUGCCAUUACCCCAUGUUAUCGCCAAUGGAAUAAAAAAUAUUCUGAAACAACCACGGCUGAUUGUGACCAAUGAAAUGUAUCAGGACAAGUUAACUGAAUUACUGCGGCUAUUUAUCGCACAACAAUGGUCACGAUGGAUUGACGAUGAAAUUGUAUUCCCUGAAUUCAUCACAGCACUGUAUAGUUUCACGUUUGAAAGCUAUGCACCCCUUCCAUUCACUGAAAAAUUAACCAUUUGGCAUCCAAUCAUCACUGGACUGGCAUCAAGUGGCUUUGGACGAUACACCCAAACCAUGCAUUUAUUGGUCGCCGGAAUUUUACAAAAAAUUCAAUUUCGCGUCGAUUUAGAGGAAUUGAAAACACUGGAUAAUGAAAAUCUCGAUGAUGAUAUGCUCACCGAUUGGCAGCACUACUUGACACAGUGCAUAGAAACGAUCGCUUUGGUGGCCGAAGUAAAACCGCUUCAAGUAUUCGAACAGGUCUAUAGUGAAUGGAGUAAACCAUUCGAAAUUUUUGAAUCAUUAGAAAAAUCAAUCGAUUCCAAUGGAACGCUAAUCAUAAAUGAUAACCAACGAAGUCAGUUGGUGUACUGUAUUCUCCGUGACUUAUCAUCACUAUGUCAAACAUUGACACGAUUGACACCAAUUCUACAAGGAUGUUUACAAGAGAUUCCAAAGAAUUUGUCACAAAUAACGUAUUGCCUUAUUUAUGCGAUUAAAUUUAUUGCGGUGAAUAAAUUGCAUUCGAUAUCAUUUGGUGAUUCGUCGCUUAGUACAAAUUUUGUCGAGAUAUUCGCUCAGCUCUUGAAUUCUAUUCGAAAUCUGUUGCCAUGGUCACCGAUUCUUCGAAGUGAACACGAAUUGAAAUCGUUGAUCGAGAAUGUGGCACAAAUUCUGAUGCCACCAUCCAACCUAUUGCAAGAGCCGAAAAUGAUUACAUUAGCUGCAGCACAAUUUUUACUCACAGUGUCAUCGGUCAACCGUCCACAGUACAUGUUGGAUUGUCUAUCGUUUAAGCAGCUCAUUCAAAUGGGCAACAAUUUAACAUAUUUGGACCAACAAGCAGCAACCAUUAUUCGAAAUGCAAUUGUUAAUUGUUUGGUGUUGUCAUGGCCGAAUGUCUCAAAUGCCGAACAAGCGUUUGAUCGACGACUCACACUGUUGCAAGAGUAUGUGCACAAUUUGUCAGAGAAUAUGCUGAAUUUGGACCAUUCUGUGAUGCACAAUCAACAUGACAAAGUUAUAAAGGUGAUUACAGUGAUUUUGCCCAUUUUGAACGAAAUCAUCGAUCAUCAUCGCGAAUCAUCGUCAUCUGUUAAACAAAUGCUGGUCAGUGCGUAUAGGCCACCAAUCACAAAAUCCAUUUUGAUCUACAAAGAAUUUGGUGCGGUGAGUGAAGAGAUUGCCAGUUGCGUCCUUAAAUUUGCACUCAGCGUCAUUCGAACGCUUCAAAUUCAAUUGGGAUCACAAUACAUCUUCGAAAUGUUGGACAUUUUUAUUAAAACAACAACAAGAGAACAAUUGACGACCAAUCGUUACAAAGCUGUCGAAAAAUUACUUCAAAUGCUACUGCUGGUCGUGCAACAGCCGGGAAGUCUCGGUGCAAAUCUGUUGCCAUCAAUUUUGGAUUUCACAUUGAAUUUCGUAUCGCCACUUUUGAUGCAAGGACGAAAUCCAAGCGAAUUUUGUGAUGUGGCUCAUGCUCUAUACUGCUUAUUUGAUGGAAUUUUGACAAGUCGUUGGCAAUACUUUUACAAAUCGCAAGUAUUACGUGGUUUCUCACCCGGUGCUAGUGAUCAACCCAUACCAAUCGAAGACCAACCGGAGCAUGCCCAUGAACUGUUGGCCAUCAUGAAUAGCUAUGGUCAAGCAUUGGUGCAAAUCAUCGAUCCACAUAUCACACAAACCGUAUUAACAUCAUUACAAUGUUUACACGGACGUUGGAAGCUAUUCAAUCGCCAAUUUUUCAAAACAAACCUACUGGGAUCGUUCCUGGAAACAUUACUAGGUUUAUUAAUUUCACCUAAUGGUAUUUUGCAUCAAGAUCAAUUGAUUAGUGUCCUGUUCAACAUGAGUCAUGCCAACGAGACUGCAUUGCAAACAGCAUUCGUGACUCUUGGAUACGCGCACGACUCAAAGUUUAUCCAUGACAUUUGUUCGGCAAAGGAUUUCCCAACAUUUUCAGCAAAAACGGCGCAGUGGGUAGCAGAUGCAAAAUGUAUACAAUCACAAUAACAAACAGUUCAUCAGAUACAAGAUCAUUUUCCAAAUACAAGACAAUUCUCCAGCACGAAUACAUUUGGUUUGGUUUUGUAUUCGACGUUUUUUUGCUCUUUUUGAUUGUUUGUGAUAGAAAUCGAUUUCAUAUUUUCAAAUGAAAUCAGCAUGAUUGGAAUUUCCGCGUAGUGAAGUAAGGGUAUUAUUUUUUUUUCAUCUGCGUCAGCAUGCAUUUAAUUUUUUUUUUAUAAACGAAGCAUAAAAUGGAAAAUUUCGUUAAAAUGCAAUACAUAAUUCGAUCCGAAGCGUGAUCGAUCAACUCAGUUCAUUGUGGUAUAUUCAGUCUUUGUUUAUGUCGCACAGUAGAGAUUAUAUUAGUUUGCUAGGUAUAAACGAAAGUGAAUUGCUUUUUGUUGAUUGAAAUGAAGCCAAAGACUGUCUAUACAAGAGAAACAAAAGAAAAACAGAAAAUAGUGAAAACACAUUCGAGAUAUUCGCCUGAUAAAAACAAAAAAGACAUUUGAUUAAUCUACAAACGAUUAUUUUACUUUAAUAA